AUGGCCUCGUCCUUUCCACCGGGCCUCCUCCCCGCCGAGGUCGCCUUUGUCUGCGAAAUGGAACACGUCACCGUCGUGCCCCGCCAGCGCCUCGACCCCAUCCCCCUCCUCGGCGGCGCCACGCCCCAGCUGCGCCCGCCCUAUCGCGCCGUCCUGCCGCUGUGGCUGGCGCUGCUGCUCAAGCGCCAGCGCCGCGCCAGCAUCGUCGCCCCGCCCUGGCUGCACCCGGCCAGCCUGCGCGAGCUGGUCGUGCUCGAGACCAAGAACCAGACACCCGACGACCCGGCCGCCGAGCGGGACAACCAGCGGCACGGUACGCAGGGAUUUGAGGACGGCGACAACGACGGCGACGACGGCGACGGCACGCGCGUCAGGUUUGCACCGCCGCCGCCGCCGCCCGUGCGCGCCGACGGCGCGGGCAACGCGCGGCGGGUCAAUGGCCAACACGGCCAGCAAAUCGGCCAGCAAAACGGCCCGUCGGUCCAUGGCUUCGUCGGCGAUCCGCUGCUGGGCGCCCCUCUCCCGCUGUCGCCGCCCUUUUUGCCCUCCUGCACGGCCGACGCGCCCGCCGGCUACCUGCCCUACCACUGGUUCGAGGUCGCCGAGAUCUUGCUGGCCCACGCCCCCGACGACCUGCCCGCCCCCGUCGGCGAGGUCCGCGCCCUGCUGCGGGACCUCGCCGAGGCCCGCGCCACCAAAGUGCGGCACCUCGCGACCAUGGCGGCGGCCGGCCCGGACGCAGUGGCGGGGGCGGCCCGUGCGCAGCAUCCGCUGGCGCGCAAGCCGGCACCGGCGAUUGUCAACCUGCGCGGCAUCGGGGCCAUGGAGCUGGCGGAAGCGCGCGGGCUGGUGGCGGCCGUGCACGACGGGGUGCGGAAACUGGGCGCGGCCGCAGAGGCGAGCCGGCGCGACGAAGAAGACCUGAUGGGCGGCGCGGGAGGCGCUCGUGGUGCCGCGGGUGCCUACGAUGACGACGAUGACGACGAAGACGAAGAUAUGAUUUGA